UGAAGCCCAUCGAUCAGUCACGUCUGCUUGAGUUGAAGGAAGCAAAAAUAGGAGUUUUUUUUAUGACAACAAGAAAAAGGAAACUCUCAGUUUAUCAGAGUCAGUAGUUCCUCACUUCCGACAACAUGUCCAGACGGUUCUACUUGGUUCACUGUGACCAAAGCUGGGAAGAGGCUGUUAGCUUGUUAGCUUAGCUUGUCAGCCUGACAGUCAACAACUGUGUAGCCUGUAGCUAACCUUUCUUUUUCUCUCCUGAAGGCAAAGCAGUCAUGACACAAAAGAUAAACCUGUGCUCAGUUUCCCUCAGGGUCGAGGGAAUGACCUGCGGCUCUUGUGUUCAGUCCAUAGAGCAGCGGAUUGGGUCUCUACAUGGAGUGAUACAUAUCAAGGUGUCUUUAGAGAAGAAGAGUGCCACGGUUAUUUUUGACUCCGGUCAACAGAGUCCUGAGUCCCUGUCAGAGGCCAUCGAGGACAUGGGCUUCGAGUCCAGAGUACCAGAGAGCAGCACUGCCACUCCAGUGUUUACAGACACUCACCUGAUCCCCAUGUCAGGAAUCACACCUGCAGCCCAACAGGAGGCUUUGGAGAAGCUGUCACAAAUUCAAGGGGUGCUUGAUGUCCAGGAGAGCGCACCCAGCAUGGGCCUGACCGUCACUUAUGUUCCCUCCCUGACCUCCAUCCAGCUGCUCAGGGAGAUGGUGGAAGGUGUCUCACCUCAGGAGAAACAAACUGGUGGCAGCCCAGUGCAGAAAGGCCUGAGCGUGUCCGAGCUGGACACCGCGGCCACUGAAGCCGCGGUUCUGAAGCUCAGCAUUGAAGGAAUGACCUGCCACUCUUGCACCACCACCAUUGAAGGGAAGAUUGGAAAACUGAAAGGGAUUAAAAAGAUCAAAGUUGUUCUGGACUCUCAGGAAGCUACGGUUGUCUACUUGCCUUACCUCACCACCAUCCAGACCAUCAUCGAACAGAUUGGUGUGGCUGGCUUCAAAGCCUCUGUCAAAUCCAAGCCCCGCCCCCUGCAGCUCUCCAACAGAGACAUCGAACGUUUCAUUGAUUCUCAAAAAGCGUCGGCUUCUUCUUCUGUGCCCGAGACGUCCGAUGACACAGAGGUCUUCAUAGACACCGCGUGCGCUCGGCUCAGGGUGAAAGGCAUGCACUGCCGUUCUUGUGUGGUCAACAUUCAGGACAACAUCUCCACGCUGCCUGGUGUUUCCUCUGUAGAGGUCUCUCUGGAGAAGGAGCAGGCCUCCAUCUGCUACGACCCUCUGAAAGUCACAGUGACUCAGCUGCAGCAGGCCAUCGAAACUCUUCCUCCUGGAAACUUUAAGACCGAACACCUGGACUUCUCCCACACUCUCAAUCCCGUAUUGAGAGUGUGGGAGCACUCAGCACUACAGCCCAGACCUGCUGCUUCCCAUCCGUGUUCCACCCAGCCGCUGGUGUCUGCUGUUCAUAUUCACAUUGAAGGCAUGACCUGCAACUCCUGUGUGCAGUCUAUUGAAGGAAUGAUCUCCCAGAGAAAGGGAGUGAGGUCGGCUCAGGUGUCCCUGACUGACCAUCAGGGAGUCUUUGAGUAUGACCCUCUUCUCACCACGCCAGAGGAGCUGAAGGAGGCCAUAGAAGACAUGGGCUUUGAUGCAUUUUUACCUGAAACCAAUUCUCUGCUGCCUGCAUCGGAUCCCAUACUACCAAGGUCUCCACGUGUCCAGAAGAAGAACUUAGACAGCGAGCUCCACCACGAAACCCUGCUGGGAUCCUCUGGAGACGUGCCCUCCAAAUGCUACAUCCAGAUCGGAGGAAUGACAUGCGCAUCGUGUGUGUCAAACAUCGAGCGCAACCUCAAAAACGAAGCUGGUAUCUACUCCGUUCUGGUGGCUCUGAUGGCGAGUAAAGCAGAGGUCCGUUACAACCCUGAGGUCACAGAUCCGCUGACGAUAGCGGAGUGUGUGAAGGAGCUGGGCUUCACCGCCUCUGUGAUGGAGAACUACGAAGGAUCCGACGGAAACCUAGAGCUGGUGGUCAGGGGGAUGACAUGUGCCUCCUGUGUUCAUAAAAUCGAAUCAACCCUCGUCAGAGAAAAGGGGAUUAUAUAUGCCUCUGUUGCCUUGGCGACCAACAAAGCACAUGUAAAGUAUGACGCCGAAGUGAUCGGACCACGAGAUAUUAUCAAGCUGAUUGAGAAUAUGGGAUUUGAGGCGUCUUUAGUGAAGAGGGACCGUACAGCCAGCCACCUGGACCACAGCAAAGAGAUACAACAGUGGAGGAAGUCCUUCCUGGUGAGCUUGGUUUUCUGCGUGCCUGUGAUGGGCAUGAUGAUCUACAUGAUUUAUAUGGACCACAAGAUGAACGCUACGCACCAUCACAACGCCACGAUAGAGGACCGCAACCACUACCACUCCACCAUGUUCUUGGAGAAGCAGCUGCUCCCCGGCCUCUCCAUCAUGAACCUCCUGUCCUUUCUGUUCUGUGUACCUGUACAGUUUAUUGGAGGCCGUUACUUCUACAUCCAAGCCUACAAAGCAGUGAAGCACAAGUCUGCCAACAUGGACGUGCUCAUCGUUCUGGCCACCACCAUAGCGUUCAGCUACUCUCUGGUCAUCCUAAUCGUUGCCAUGGUGGAGAAAGCAAAAGUCAACCCCAUCACAUUCUUCGACACGCCUCCCAUGCUCUUUGUCUUCAUCUCACUGGGACGCUGGCUGGAACAGAUUGCGAAGAGCAAAACCUCCGAGGCUUUGUCCAAGCUGAUGUCGUUACAAGCUACAGAAGCCACCGUGGUGAACCUCAGCAGUGAUAACUGCAUUCUCAGUGAGGAACAAGUGGAUGUUGAGCUGGUGCAGAGAGGUGACGUGGUCAAAGUCGUCCCUGGAGGGAAGUUUCCGGUUGAUGGGAGGGUCAUUGACGGACAUUCGAUGGCAGACGAGUCUCUUAUCACAGGUGAGGCCAUGCCGGUGACAAAAAAGCCCGGGAGCUCAGUGAUCGCCGGUUCCAUAAACCAGAACGGCUCUCUGCUGGUCAGUGCUACUCAUGUCGGGAUGGACACCACCCUGUCUCAGAUAGUUAAACUGGUGGAGGAGGCACAGACUUCAAAGGCUCCUAUCCAGCAAUAUGCAGAUAAGAUCAGUGGCUACUUCGUUCCCUUCAUUGUUGUGAUAUCGGUGCUCACACUGAUUGCCUGGAUCAUCAUUGGAUUUUUGGACUUUUCUCUGGUGGAGAAUUUAUUUCCUGGUUACGAUCGAAGCAUUUCCAGGACUGAGGCAGUGAUACGGUUUGCCUUCCAGGCCUCCAUAACGGUGCUGUGCAUCGCCUGCCCCUGUUCUCUUGGCCUGGCAACCCCGACAGCUGUCAUGGUGGGAACCGGGGUUGGAGCCCAAAAUGGCAUCCUGAUAAAGGGAGGAGAGCCUCUAGAGAUGGCUCAUAAGGUCCAAUCUGUCGUAUUUGACAAGACCGGGACGAUCACAUACGGCGCUCCGAAGGUUGUCCAAGUCAAGAUGGUUGUGGAAGGGAACAGGAUGCCUCGCUCCCGCCUGCUGGCCAUUGUGGGCACAGCAGAAAAUAACAGUGAACACCCACUGGGAGCUGCUAUUACCAAAUAUUGCAAGCAGGAGCUCGGUACCGAAUCUCUCGGCACCUGCACCGACUUUCAGGCCGUGCCAGGCUGCGGCAUCCGAUGUCAGGUCAGCAACACGGAGUCUCUGCUAAAGCAGGCGGACAGCGACAGUGAGGACAACAACCAGCGCAGCAGCAUCCUCGUCCAGAUAAGUGACACUCGGACGCCGGGCAGCUCCCACCCGCUCACAAUGGACCCACAGCCUCUAAGUUUGGUUGAGACAGGCGUCUAUGUUGUCCUGAUUGGCAACAGGGAAUGGAUGAGAAGGAAUUGCCUUCAGGUCGGACCAGACAUCGAUAAUGCCAUGAUAGAGCAUGAGCGCAGAGGACGCACUGCUGUGCUAGUCGCUGUGGAGAACGAGCUGUGUGCAAUGGUAGCCAUAGCCGACACGGUGAAGCCUGAGGCUGAGCUGGCCGUCCACACGCUGACAAAUAUGGGUCUGGAGGUGGUGCUGAUGACCGGAGACAACAGUAAGACGGCGCGCGCUAUCGCCGCCCAGGUGGGCAUCAGGAAAGUGUUUGCCGAGGUGCUGCCGUCCCACAAGGUGGCCAAAGUGGAGCAGCUGCAGCAGGCCGGAAAGAGAGUUGCGAUGGUGGGCGACGGGGUCAACGACUCGCCCGCUCUGGCGAUGGCUGACGUCGGCAUCGCCAUAGGAACCGGGACAGAUGUUGCCAUUGAGGCAGCAGAUGUGGUGUUGAUCAGGAAUGACCUGCUGGAUGUUGUCAGCAGUAUCGACCUCUCUAAGAAGACGGUCAAGAGGAUCAGGAUCAACUUCGUCUUUGCUCUGAUCUACAACCUGGUUGGCAUUCCUAUCGCUGCUGGUGUGUUCCGACCCAUUGGUCUGGUGCUGCAGCCGUGGAUGGGUUCUGCUGCCAUGGCGCUGUCUUCCGUCUCUGUGGUUUUGUCCUCCCUUCUGCUGAAAUGUUACACGAAGCCCAGCGCCGAGAAGCUGGAAGCCAAACUCGGCGGCGGCAGGCAGCAGGACAGCCUGUCUGACGUCAGCGUUCACAUCGGCAUGGGCGAGCUGCGCCGUCCCUCCCCCAAACUCAGCCUGCUGGACCGCAUCGUGAACUACAGCCGAGCCUCCAUCAACUCGCUGCGCUCCGACAAGCACUCGCUCAACAGCUUGGUGCUGAGCGAGCCCGACAAACACUCGCUGCUGGUGGGGGGGCCGCUGUGCGAGGAGGAGAUCUGCUGAGCGCAGGCAUGCAUCCCAGGCGACACUGCAGUUAUUUUUAAGGCUGAACUGCGUCGAGAUCAAGCGGUUUGAAAACCGGUCCAGCCAUACUUGAAGUUAGCUUUUUGUUCUUCUUAGCUCAACCAGCUGAUCCCAUAUUCUCUGAGAGACCGUCUGUGGCGGGCCAGAAAGAUGAUCUUCCUUUUCCUUUACAACCUUCAAGAUCGACCCAUAGACAUGUAAACUGUGGUGCCCCUUGUUCUUGAGUGGACACUACAAAAGGGGAAAAUUUGAAUUCUGUUGUAUGAUUAUUCUUCUAUUUAUAUUAUUUAUCAACUUUUUGUCAUUGUAUCCUCUUAUGUGAAGAAUGAAGUUGUUGAAUCCAAAUGCCAAUAAUCACAUGCGUAAUGAUAACUCUAACUAAACAGCCUUGAAACAAGCAGAGAGUCGAUUGUAGUGGAGUGAGCUGUAAAUGUUACCCAAGUGCCAGCUGAAACGCUACCUUUGCAAAGUCCAACACAUUCCAAAGAUAGCAACCUUCACCCGUUUUCUUGGACUUUAGGUCCACGAUGUGUGAGCAAAGGUUACAUGUUCACAGGCGGCAAGCUGAAGGGUCUGGGAUUUUGCACCUUUUCGUCAAUGUGAAAGUGAAUGUGUUUAUACUCGUUUAGAACUGAGCAGAAGUUGUUACACGAGUCGCUUGGAUUGCUUUAGUUGCCUGCUGCAGACAUGCCUGGCCUCACAAAAGGCCAAACACUAAAUGUGUUCACGUCCUGCUUCUGGUUACAACUCAUAAAGUACAGUGUUAACUGUUUUCUACUGACUUAUGUAAUGCCAGUCUGUCACUUUGCUUUUAUGAUGGAUUCAUGUUAGUGCACUUGAUGAACGACUUGACGUUCGUCCUCCAGCAUCAGUGGUUUGCAAUCGAUUCGGCCAAACAGGUGCUGCUAAAUUCACUAAGUAGCUUGUUUUACUGAACCACGUUGUACAAUCAAAUGAGAUUAGAAGGGUCUAAAUUUUACAGACCAUAAAACUGUCAUUGUGUGUUUUUACAGUAUUUUAUGUGCAGUUAUCUGAUAAAAUCUGUAGAAAGUUGCUCAGCUAUACUUUAUUUUGUAUUGCUUUCUUCCUUCCUAAGCUAAAGAUCCACCAGGUUCAAACAGUAAUGCUGUUUUCUUCUGCAGACCACUCUUGAAUUUAUUUGUGGCUCUAUUUAUGCCAAUAUGUAGUAUUUGUGCAAUCUUUUUGUGAAAAUGUUCAUAAAGUUUGGGUUUUUUUUGAGGUCUGCCCAUUAUCCUCUGUGGUUCUUCCGAACAUUGUGCCUUUGAAUAAAACGCUUUUGUAACGCA